AUGGCUUCUAGUGAAAACAAUGGAAAUGGUUCAAGUGGCUAUGCUGAACUGGUCAAAUCUACAAGAAACAAUCUGAAAAUAAAUAUUGAUGGGUUUUUAUAUGUCAAGGACAAAAACCGCAAUGAUACAUAUUAUUGGAUUUGUGAACGAAAGGGAAAAAAGUCAGGGAAAUGCACAGCAAGAGCUGUUACAAUUUGUGUUGGAACUCAACAUAAAAUUCAUAAAUUUGAUGCUAAUGAACACAACCAUGCUGCAGAAGCAAGCAGAUUUUUUUCAUUAAAAGCAUGCAAUCAAAUGAAGGAACUUGCUGAAAUCACCAAUGAUGCACCUGUACAAAUUAUUACUAAUGUUAUUGCUAAAACACCGCGUGAUAUACAGCCGUGUUUGCCAAAGAAAAAUGCAUUAAGACAACAAAUUAAAAGAGCAAAACGUCUUUGUGAUGAAGAAACAGAACCAAAAUCUCUAAAUGAAUUUACAUUACCUGAUAUAUAUUCUACUACUUUAAGUGGAUUGUCUUUUGCGAAAGACAUCAUUCAUGGAACUGAAAGAAUCUUACUUUUCACAACAACUGAAAAUCUGCGAUGGCUUCAGGAAGCAAAAUUUUGGAUAAUGGACGGAACAUUCAAAACUGUUCCAACUUUAUUUCGUCAGUUAUAUAGUAUACAUGCACCUGCUGGUGGAAAUGUAAAUUUUCAAAUUGUUCCAUUAGUAUAUGCACUUAUGAGUUUGAAAAGUGAAGAAUUAUACCAAAGAUUAUUUCAAACACUCAAUGAAUUAGCUGAAGAAAAUAAUCUGGAAUUGAAUCCACAAUUUAUUCUUACCGACUUUGAAAAAGGUUCAAUCAAUGGAAUCAAAUCAGAAUUUCCAGGUGCUCAAAGCAAAGGUUGUCAUUUUCAUUUGGGGCAGUUGGUAUAUAGACAUGUUCAAGAUGCAGGACUUGCAAAAACAUAUGGAAAUGAUGAAAAAUUCAGUCUACUUAUAAGACAUAUUCCAGCUUUGGCAUUUUUAGAUCCUUUAGAAAUUCCUGAUGCAUUCGAUGCCAUUAAAGAUUUAUUACCAUCUGAUGCUGAACCAAUUUUUCAAUGGUUUGAAGAUAAUUAUGUACAUGGCAAAGUAAAAAGACUGAUGAGAAAUGGAUCAGUCCAACGACACAAUCCAUUAUUUCCACCAUCAAUGUGGUCUGUAUUUGAUAAUAUGGAAUUUGCAUUUCCAAGAACCCAAAAAAAGUUGAAGCAUGGCAUAGACGAUGGGAAACAUUGGUUGGUCGAUCUCAUGUUGGCAUUUUUACAAUUAUCAAGCAAAUUCAAAAGGAACAAAAUAUAG